UCCCGUCCUUUCUGUCCGUCUCAGAGUCCUGGUGAUCUACGUGAUCCCAUCCAGUCUGCUGAUGGAGCCUCGGGCCACCAUCGCCCGACACACGGCGUUACCAUGGAAACACUGCAUCCACCUGACUGUGCUGCUGGUCCAGCUGAGUUUACCUGAAGUCGCAGCUUCCUGUCGUAUCCUGAGGUGUAACUCGGACUUUGUGGCUGCGACAUUGGACCUGGGCAGCAGCAGCAGCAGCAGCGGAGGAGGAGGAGGAGGAGGAGGAGGAGCAUCUCUCACCCGGGAGGCGGUGAACGCCGGUUACUGCAGCGCUCUGCGCUCCUACGCCAUGUGCACUAAGCGGAUGGCGCGGGCAUGUCGUGGCGACCUGGCGUAUCACUCUGCGGUUCAGGGCAUCGAGGACCUGCUCAUCCAGCACCGCUGCCCGCGGGCGGGACCUACCGCCCAGCCCCGGCCCCUCCCUCAGGGCACGCUGCUGGGAGACGCCUGCCUGUACGAGAGGAGCUUCUCCAUCAGAGAGGGCCGCACACCGGAGUACCUGCACUGCGGCGUGUUCGGAGACCCGCACAUUCGGACCUUCAACAACGACUUCCAGACGUGCGCCGUGCAGGGGGCGUGGCCUCUUGUAGACAACGAGUACCUGUACAUACAGGCCACCAGCUCGCCAACGAGAGGGGGGACACACGCCACAGCACUCACGAAGAUCACCAUCAUCUUUAAGAACUGGCGUCAGUGCGUCGACCAGCAGCUGUAUCAGGCGGAGCUCGAUAACGUCCCUGCUGCGUUCGCUGACGGCUCGGUGUCGAGCGGCGAGCGGCGUGGUCAUCACAGCCUGACGGUCCGGACUCAGAGUCCCGGCAGGCAUGCAGAGAUCCGGGCGGCUCACAUCGGCACGCUGCUGGUGGUGCGUCAGAGCGGACGCUCGCUCGGCCUGUCGGUCCGCUCACCGAGCAGCAUCGUUGAGGCCUUCGGCCCUGAGCAGGACCUGCAGCUGUGUUUGUGGGGCUGCCCCGCCUCCCAGAGACUCAACACGCUCCGCCCACCGCCGCCGGACUCCUCGCCUUCCUCGGCCACCAGCGCCCAGGCUCACUGCGCCGCGUUGCUUCCUGCCAGAGACGUCUACUACCAGGCCUGCGUGUUUGACCUGAUCACCAGCGGAGACCUGAACUCCAGCGCGGCUGCCGUCAGCGCGCUGCAGGAUGCCACAAACAUGAUCUCUGAUGCACAGAGAGUUCACCUGCAACCCGUCGCCUCGGCCGAGCAGCACCGAGCGCGACUGGAGCUGACGCUGCUGCUGCUCGGCAUGCUGGGAACUCUAACCGGAGCCUGAAGCUGCUUGUUUAACGUGUGAUGGACUAGCCGAUGACAUCACUCCACACACCUGUGGUUGACUGCAGCAGAUCCAACAUGGCGUCCUGAUGUGAGAGACUGCUGUCAUCUGUUAUUAGUUAAUUAAACCAAUCAGUAAUCCAUCUCCCUUUAAACGGAACUUUCUUCUUCUACAGCGGUUAAAGCCGGCGCUGAAACAGGAUUUUGAAUAUAAUCGGAGGAUAUUGGUUCUAAUUAGUUUGAUUGGUGAUCUCUAUAAACGAUCAGCUGACUUUAUUACACAGGAAGUCAUUGAGUCUCUGACGCAGCGGCGGUAUGUUGGGGGUGAUACAGCGGGUCGGGGGGAGCUGGGCUCUUCCUGAUAAACAGGAUUUGUACAUUUUGGUCUCUAGAAGAGUUUGGGUUUUUUUGGGGGGGAUUGUUGCCUGAAACGUCUGCAUGUUGUGAUGUUUUUGUCUUUUUUUGCAAUAAAAUUCUGGCUGAAAGUAAAGAUUGCAAAAAUAGUUCGUAAUUUCGUCUUUUUUGUUCAAUAAAAACAGCUUGCGACUA